AUGAAAGCCUGGAAGAGCUACCCUUCUUCCCUAGCUUUUUAUCGGGAUCUUGCUCUCAUUGUGAUCAUUUUUUCUACUGCACGUGGUGUCUUACUCGAUGGAAUCCGAGUCGGUGAACCACACUCAAGCUCACCCGGAUUGAUCCGCAGAGCAACGAAAGAAACCGAACCAAUCCCUGACCCCACUCAAACUCUGGCUCACCCACUACUCUUGACGAAUUCACAGGAAAACAAUGCCAGGGAUGCUUGUCGACCCAGGACACUUUCUCCAACGCUGUGGUCCAAGUUGAAUUUGAAUCAAUAUUUACUCGAAUACCCCGGAGGACAGCAAACCAGUCUUGAGGAAUUAGCAGUUAAAUCCAAAUUAUUGAAUUUUGAUUGUGGAAUCAAUAAAUUAUGCUACGCCGGUCAACUUUGCUCGCCAGUUAUAGGGAAAGAUUGGUAUAUCUUGGUCGCCGCGCAAGAAUGGAACUCUUACAUGAAUGUGGUAUAUCAAGCCGUUGGAUUUGCCAUGACCAUGAUGCAAGGAAUUAUUCCAUCAAUGAUUAAAGAUUUCUUCCCGGACAAGCAUGACGACUGGGCAAUAGCCAAAGCAUACUUGACCUUCUUUUCGAGUUGUGCAAAAGUACAUCCAACGGAAGGACACAUCUCAAACACCAAAUGGUGGAUGCAAUUGGUCCAAGGACAAAUUGGAUUGGCAGCGGGUGAAGCCAACAUUAUGGAUUACGCAGUCAUACCCGAUCCGGUUAACCAACACGACAAGUGGACUUACUUUAUUUACCAGCUUUCAAAAACUCAAGACUUGAUUCAGACUAAACUAACCCAGAACUCAGAAGAGAUUAUCAGCUCCGGGAUCAGCACAGAGGAAGGAAUUUACGGAGUACUCAAAGAUGGAGGCUUCCUAAUAGACCAUGUCCAUUGUCAAAACCUUAUUAAUCUUGCAGCUGGUCAACAAAGCGAGAUGAAAUUAUCCAUUCAGUUAAAUCUCUUGGCAGCUAUUUGGGAAAAACAAAAGUUUUUCAUUUUACGUGGUAGUGACCCUUGUGAUGGAGAUGGGAAAAAUGGUGCUUCCUCAAAAAAGAAUGAAUUGUCUUACUGUAACCCAGAUAACAUCAUGAUGAAGAUAGUUCAACUCAAAACACGAAACAAAAUCACAAGUGAAAUUUACAAUGGUCAUUUAGUAUUUGACAAGUACAAUUUUACCACAGAAUUUCUAACUGAAAGAGCCUGGAAAUGUCAAUCAAACACUAAGGAGUUUGAGCCUGAGGUCUGGAAUUCGUUAGUGAUAUUUCCAUUUUCUGAACUUUAG